AUGCUCUCACGUUUUGCUGUUGUCAUGUUACUCAAUAAACACAACCGUCGCCGCGUGACCGGAUCCAGCGGAAGGAGGAGGGAAAGGCCCAACAUGUCCCGGCAUUUGUUUAAUUCUGCGAUGCUGCUUCUCCUCGUCGUUAUGAUGUGCUGCGGCAGUGGUGGGGCUUCGAAUGCUGUGGAGAGUAAGUCAGGGGAUGGUCAGAAGCUGCAGUGGGUCGAUCUAUUUUUUCCGAAUCAGACGCUGGUUGUAGCGAAAGGCGGAACGUCUCAAGAGACGAAGAGGGAUGCAUUUGCUUCACCCUCUCUCGUCAGUGCUGGUGGAGUAAUUGCUGCUUUUGCCGAAGGUCUCAUGUAUGCCGAAUAUGUCGUUGAAGGUGGUAAAAUAAUUGAGCCCAUUUCUUCUGAUAUUGUUGCGGAGUACAUUGACUCCUCGUGGGAUCGGUCCACUCUUGUUGGGAAGGUCAAGGAAGAUACAUGGAAGGCACACACUGUGCUUGGUACAACGGAUGGAACGGAUAAUCGUGUGGAUGUUUUUUACCGCCCCACAACCACUACGAAGGGCAAUAAGGUGUUUCUUCUUGCGGGAAGCCUUAGUGGGCUCAAGGAAAGUAAUAGGAGCAGGAAAUGGGACAACCUGGGUCUGAAACUGGUUGUGGGUGAUGUCACGAAUCCCACGAGCAGCGAGCUGACUGAACGUAUCGAAUGGGACCAAAUCAGUUCUCUGUUAAACGAGAGUAUUAUAGCUGCUCACGAAGGUAACUUGAAGGAGUUUUUUGCCGCUGGUGGCUCAGGUGUUCUGAUGGAGAAUGGCACGCUUGUCUUUCCACUGAUGGCGAAGAGCGGAAAUAGUGACAUUUACUCCAUGAUCAUUUAUUCGAAGGACGACGGCAGUACCUGGGCGCUCUCUGAGGGCAUGUCCCCUGCGAAAUGUCUUAACCCCCGCAUCACCGAGUGGGAGGGAUCACUUCUCAUGAUUGUUGACUGCGAGGAUGAACAGAAGGUGUACGAGUCGCGAGACAUGGGGAGAUCGUGGACGGAGGCCAUCGGGACGCUCUCAGGCGUGUGGGUCAAAUCAAGAUCAUUCUUUUGGUAUCUGAGCUUGCACGUGGAAGCCUUCAUCACCGCGACCAUUGAGGGCAGGAAGGUCAUGUUGUACACACAGAGAGGGUACGCCUCGGGUGAGAAAAGAGCCACUGCGCUCUACGUUUGGGUCACGGAUAACAACCGCUCGUUUCAUUUUGGACCGGUUGGCAUGGACAAUGCUGCUCUGAGGGAGGAGCUUGCCAGCAGCCUGCUGUACUCGGGUGGCAAUCUGCAUCUUUUACAGCGGAGGGACAGUGGUGAAGGCAGUUUCAUGUCACUUUCCCGCCUGACGGAUGAACUGAGUACAAUCAAGUCCGUCCUCAGUACUUGGUCGCAAAAGGACAUUUUCUUCUCCAGCUUUUCUAUACCCACGGCGGGUCUGGUGGCAGUUUUGUCCGAUGAGGCCAGUGAUGGGAGGUGGAACGACGAGUACCUUUGCCUGAAUGCAACGGUGACGAACGCCACGAAGGUCAAAGAGGGGAUGCAGCUGACGGAGUCUAACUCCGGGGUACUAUGGCCUGUGAACACUCGGGAUGAUAAUUUGCGGCAUGUGUUUUUGAGCCACGACUUCACAGUUGUGGCGACGGUGACCAUCAAAAAUGCUCCGAGUGCGGACGCUCCUCUGCUGGGUGCGAUGUGGGGGGACACCAAUUCCUCGUAUACCAUGGGAAUCUUGUAUACCGCGGAUAACAAGUGGGAGACAAUUUUCAACGGCACAAAAACAACAAGGAGCAGCACUUGGGAGUCGGGGAAAGAAUACCAAGUGGCACUCAUGCUGCAAGGCAACAAGAGCUCCAUGUACGUUGAUGGCCAGUCGCUGGGGGAAAAGGAAACGCUGCUAACAGGUGAGAAACCACUUGAGCUUGUGCACUUCUGCUUUGGUGCGUGCGGUAUAAAAAACUUUCCUGUGACGGUGAAGAACGUCUUUCUGUACAAUCGCCCACUGAAUCCCACUGAGAUGACUGCAAUCAAGGACAGGAAACCCGUUCCAAAGAGAGCUCCGGAACCACAAGUGGGAGGCGUUCCUCAAACCAUCGCACCUGCUGGACCUGCGGUGCCUGGCCCACGGGAAGUACCAGCAGCACCGGGGAGGACAACUGUGGGGAGAACCGCCAAUACCCAACAUGCGCCAGCGGGAAGCUUGACUUCUGCUGGGAAUGAAGGGACGGCACGAGAAACGGGUGAUGGUGGGGCAAAUGGUAAUGCUGGUUCCGCGUACGGGAGGGUGCUGCCGCUGCUGCUUCUGCUGGGACUGUGGGGGUUUGCGGCUGCGUGA